GAUGUUGUUCAUACUGUUAUAUUGAUUAUGCAUGAUAAAAUGUCCCAGAUAUAAACAUCCAUAGCCAAUGACAGGGAAAUCAUAAUCUUGAACUAUAUGAACACUCAAUCAUAUUUAGAAUAUGGAUGUUUGAAAAAGGGUGUCUUUUGGGUUGUUGCGCCAUGCAGUCUGGUAGAAGUUUACCAGACUACACAGUGCAACAACCCAGAAGCACCCAUCUUCAGCCUCACUGCUGUGAAAACUCAAAUCCAAAAUAGAAUGGAUGUUGGUUCAUAUUUUUCUGUGUUAUCCUAAUCGAUUAUGGUUAAAUCUCCCACCCAGUAAGUCCAAUCUUAUGUUGAACAAGUUAAAUGAUCAGAAGAUUGACUAAGAGAACUGAGUGAAUAUGUAAGCCACCUAACAAUACAUGUUUGCCCAUUCUGCAUGCAACACACAAGGAAACAAAGAAAGAAACAUAUAAUGCAGAUAGCUUAAUCUAAAGCCUUCACAUGAUAGAAUAUCUUCAAAAUAAACAUUCCUAGAUUUUACUGACAAUUACGUAAUAUCAUCAUCAGUCAGAUUAGAUAACGUGUGGUGAUACUGUGCUAGGUGUGUUGUUCAUGAUUUAAUACUACACUUUGAAGCAGGUGAAGUAUAUAAUGAUUCACUAAAGAAAAACUGUAAGUAUAAUAGAAUGUUUAUAUGUGUUAAGGUAUUAUUCCUUUGUUUUACAGUAUUAAACUGGAAAAUUGACACAGAAACACUUGAAGUGGCACAGAUGAGGAUUAAAAUGGAUGUCUUCUGGGUUGUAGCACCAUAUAACCUGGCUGUAGUUUACUGAUGUUUCAGAGAUGCCCUGAUGGCACUACAACUCAGAAUACAGCCAUCUUUAUACUUGCUGCCAUGAGAACGUGAAAUCAUACUCAGUACAAAAAGUUCACAAUAUGGAAGCGACUAUAUAUCCUACUUUUAGUUCAGAGGAUGAAAUAAGCCAAAUUCCACAGGGAAUACAGAAUGGGUCAUCAGAAGAAAAAAAUAAUCUCAGUCAAGAUAAAUGUCAUGCAGAAAUAAGUGAUAAUCAGAUGUCAACAAAUGUACUUCUUAGAAGACAUGCUCCAACAAAGCUUGAUGUAUCUAAUGAUGCAACCAUACUGAGGGAUGAGACAAGUUAUGUGACUGACACUUCACAGGAACCUGUGAAUUCAGUAAGAAAUUCUGGAAAGAUGGACACUUCUGAAGAAUGUGACAAAAAGACCAGAUAUGCAGAAUUUUGGAGCAAAUUGAGCAAAUGUUUUUCACAGCAUACAAAUGCAUUACGAACAGUCUUCAUUGUCAUUUUCAAUGCAUGUAUAUUAGGCUAUCUAAUAACUGCUGUAAUGUUUUUUAAAGCACAAGGAGACUGUGACUUAGAAUGGUGUGAUGGACUGGGAAUCCUCAUCAUAAUACUAGGUCUUGUAUAUUUGGGACUUCUAUAUUAUCACAUCAUCAAGAAAUUCUUUGGCAUGUUCUUAGAAAGGAACAUAUUGAUACCAAUCCAUAAUCAGUGGCACAGGCUUAUGGCAUACAGGUAUUUGAAAUUAACAAUAUAUUUAUUGCCAUUAAUAGCAGUAAUAGUGUUCCUUGCUUUGGAUACAGCUGACAACACUGAGAGACUAAAAUCAUGUAUUGGGGUGGUUGUGAUCAUGGUACUAGGAUUUGCAUUUUCACGGCAUCCUGGACAGAUUCAAUGGAGGCCAGUUCUAUGUGGCUUGGGCAUCCAAUUUGUUCUUGGCUUGAUCAGCGUUCGUUGGUCUGUUGGUCGUAGCAUCUUCCAGUGCAUUAGUGGCAAGGUUGCUACACUUCUUGCCUACAGUGAUGCAGGAUCAAGAUUUGUGUAUGGUGAUUUUCUCAUUGACAGUGGUGUUUUUGUAUUCAAGUCUCUUUCAGUCAUUUUCUUCCUGAGCUUCAUCGUGCAGAUUCUGUACUACUAUGGUGUCAUGCAAUGGACUGUGAUGCAAGUAGGCUGGUUACUGCAGAAGUCAAUGGGGACAACUGUGUGUGAAUCUGUCAAUGCAGCUGCUAGUAUUUUUCUUGGCAUGGGAGAAUCUCCAUUACUGUUCAAGCCAUACAUUAAGGAUCUUACCAAGUCAGAAAUACAUGCUGUCAUGACUGAAGGCUUUGCUACAGUUGCUGGUUCAGUAAUGGCAGCAUACAUCAAUUUUGGAGUGGAACCAAUGCAUCUCCUGACAGCAUCUAUCAUGUCUGCCCCAGCUGCUCUCUGUUUUUCAAAACUUUUCUAUCCAGAAAUCGAACAGAGUAAAACAGCAGUAGAACAUAUGGUUGCAGUGAAAGGCGAUGAAAACAGUGUUUUGGAUGCUGCAACAAAUGGGGCACUACUAGGGAUACAGAUGGUGCUUGGAAUUGCUGCCAACCUUAUUGCAUUUGUGUCAUUCAUUGCAUUUAUUAAUGGAGUGCUCUCUUGGCUUGGCAUGCUUGUGGGUAUUGAAGCUCUGACAUUGGAGUUUAUCACCGGGAAAGUUUUCAUCCCAUUGGCAUGGAUAAUGGGUGUUAAAUGGGAGGAAUGUGAUGAGGUAGCCAGACUUGUUGGUAUCAAGACAAUAAUAAAUGAAUUUGUCGCUUAUCAGCAGAUGGGUGAGAGUAAACGUGCUGGGUUGCUGUCACCCAGAUCAGAAAUGAUAGCAACAUAUGCACUCUGUGGUUUCUCAAACCCAGGAUCUAUAGGCAUUUUUGUUGGAGCACUAAUAACACUGGCUCCUGAGAAGAGAGGUGCAAUAACUGAAGUAGCUUUCCGAGCCUUCAUUGCAGGCAGUGCAACCUGUUUCCUCACUGCAAGCAUAGCUGGAAUGUUAACAUCAGAUGAAGAUCUCUUAUCCUCACCUGUAACAAUGGCUGUUUUUGAUACAUAAGUUUUAUAGGUGAGAUUGUGUGGUCACAUUGGCUGUAGAUGGCUGUCUGCUGGGUUAUAACACCAUGCAGUCUGGUAGCCCUGAUUACAGAGGCAGCAGGUACCUCUAAAACGAUGGUAAACUUAUACCAGACUACACAGUGCUAAAACUCAGAUGACAACCGUCUUCGUACUCACUGUCGUGGGAACCUCGGAUCCUAAAUUGACUGCAGAUUGUACUGUAUUGCAUACUUGAAUAUUUUAAUGAAGUUGAAGCAACUAGUAGAAAUCAGUGGUAAAUCAAAUAAACAGUUUAGUGCAUAGUGAAAUAGAUAUUUUAAAACAGCAGAGAUUAUAUUAUGGCUUGAGACCACAUAUGGUGAUGGUUUCAGUGUGGGGGUGGGAAUGGAGAAUUUUAUUAAGUGUUCACACAAGGUGCAUGAAAUGACUCUACAGAACACAGAGUGACUCGUCGAUUAGUUCAUGGUAUUUUAUUCAAAGGUACUGCUUGGACAUUCAUUAGCCACAGCAUAGUAAGUCUCUGCAUAGGGCAAAGAGUUUGCCGCAACUUUGGACAUAUACAUCAUUCUCAUUAAAUAUUGUGAUUUGUUCUAGUGAUCAGUCAUCUGUGAGGGUUCUUGUAUUUGUGUUCACUUACAGUGAGGUACCUUCUUGUUAAGAUUUCCUUAGAAAAAACGUCAUGUAGUUGUAAAUUUUGUUGGCAUCAUCAGGAUUCACCAUUACUCAGUGAACCAUAUGUUUCAAAAUUAUAUAAGAAGUGACAUGAAAUGGGUUUAUUGCUGAUAUGAGGAUGUAUCAACCAGAUUAUGACACUGUGAGAUUCAGAUAUAGCAUAAUAAAAUUGAACCAUAAAUAUCCUGAAAUUUUGGCCACAGAGAAUGUCUAUGGUGCACCAUCUUCAAUUUACGUACCUAAUUUGAAUAGUUAACUUUUCUAAUUGGCUACUUAGAAAUAUUCACAGUACUGUACUUGUCCAUUUCUGUUCAUGAUGGUUGAAUCCUGAUUUUAUCUCAUUGGUUAUAUAAACUCCCAGCACACAUGUCACUGGGAUACUGAAAACCUCAUAUUAUUCACAAGAUCCUAUUAUAUGACAAGUAUAAUGUGCUGUAAAUGUUAUAAGAAUUAUAGACUCCAUAUUCUGUUCUGACACUGUCAAUUCAGAGCAAUAUGUGAACAGUAAUUUGGAGCCCUUCGAAGAAAUAACUGAAGAAGAAAACAGUUAUAAUUUUUUCAGAAGGACACUACACUAGCACACAUUAAAAAACAUUUAAUGUUGGCACUUCAGAAAUUUGUCAGUGAACAAAUAAGUAAAAAAGGACUAUGGCUGAAUGUGUGUGAUUUUUAUCUGUGCAUAAAGUUUAAGCAUAAAUAACAUACACACUUUGGAAGCUUUAUAUAUCAAUAUAUGUUGUAUUAUUAUAGAACUCAUAUGAACUUCAGUUUGUGCCACAGAAUAUGUUACAUGGUGUGAAAUAUUCUAGGAUAUUUAAGGACAUCACUUUCAGAAGUUAUUGUAAUAUCAGGCAAGUAAAUUGGUUUUACUGAAAUCACCUUCUGAAUGAGGACAGUACAUCAGUUAUAUUAUGCAGUAGCCUGUGAUUAUAUUAUGGAAGUGAACUCUUAACUGGUGGUUUCUUGCACUACAGUCACACAUUAAUAAGGUUGCAAAGAAAGGAAUGAGCUACUCUGCAUUUAAGUGAAAUUUGUUGUUGGAGUCCACACUAAAUGUUAGGAAGAUUUCAGUUUGGUGGGUUAAAUUCAAUUGAAUACCCAUCUUAUUUACAUGAAACUUAAAUGUCAAAUGUUUUGCUAAGUAUGUUUGUGUAUAUCAUUAAGACCUAAAUUUAGAUAUGAAAGUUAACAGAGUGCAAAAAAUAAAUUUAUUCCUCUUAUGCUGAGUAACUUUCUCAACAACAGGACUUGUCAAACAUUGUCUUCAAUAGUCCAUCAAUACACAAAAAUAAUAUAUUUCAUACCACUAUUAACACCAACUUUAUUAGAAUUGCUGCUGAUACAAAUAUAAGUACAUAUAGUUAUGACAUGUUUUGGCCUCUAUAGGCCAUCUUCAGGUAGCAUGCAGUACUAUAUGUAACCUAUCACAUAUGUGUGGUCUGAUGUGCUGGUCAUUAGAAGUAAGAGGUACUGUAUUAGAAGUAACAUUAAAACAUGGAAUAUAAAAACCCAUUAAAAUACAAUAACCAUAAAAUAUAAAA